CUCUUUAUGGCUUUUGCAAUUUGUUUCUCUCGGCUCCUGCUAAUAACAUAAAAUUCAAAACCCUAAAUUCAGUACCAAUCUUGUCGACGCUCUAAUUCAGCAUUUCCACACAAAAUUGACUGCCGUUUAUCUAACAAAUAGAUCAUAGUUAUUGUCAUCACAAGAUAAUGAUAUUAUUCAUUUGACAACAAGCUUUUAUUUUCUACCGGCAUAAUCAUUUGUUAAAAACGUUGAAAGGACAGAAGGGAGAGGAAAAGUAAAGAGUCGCGGGAGACCAGGGUUAGGGUUAGUUUCUCGGUGCUCAAUUAUGGGCUUAAGAAGAUUGACCUCACUUCCUCACCUUCGUGCUUCUUCUCUUCCUCGAACCUUGUUUUCCCGCUGCAACUUCUUUCGAUCUUACCUUAAAUCCGGGGAUAUCGAUGGGGCGGAUACGCAAGAGUUCUCCGUAUGGGAAAAUGGAGGUGGCUCCUUCCACAAGUCGGCUUGCAUUGAUCCCACUGCAUAUAUUGGGAUAGGUGCGGUCAUUCAUUCAAAAUCUGUUCUUGGUGCUGGCGUUCGUGUUGGCUCGGGAACUGUGGUUGGACCUGCUGUUUCCAUUGGCCAAUCCACAAAAAUUGGGUAUAAUGUUGCACUUGGUAACUGCUCUAUUGGUGAUUCAUGCGUAAUCCACAAUGGAGUUUGCAUCGGUCAAGAUGGAUUUGGGUUUUUUGUGGAUGAUGAUGGGAACUUGAUAAAGAAACCUCAGACAUUAAAUGCUAGGAUAGGGAACCAUGUGGAGAUCGGUGCAAACACAUGCAUUGACAGGGGCAGUUGGAGAGACACUGUCAUAGGGGAUCAUACAAAGAUAGAUAAUUUAGUCCAGAUUGGUCAUAAUGUAAUCAUCGGAAGGAAUUGCAUGUUUUGUGGACAAGUUGGGAUAGCUGGUCUGUGACGUAUGUAACUAUCACAAAAAGCCCAUGUUGGAGACUCCAUAACCCUAGGAGGAAGGGUAGCAGUUCGUGACCAUGUCUCUAUUUCAUCAAAGGUUCGACUUGCUGCAAAUAGUUGUGUCACUAAAGAUAUCAAAGAGCCUGGAGAUUAUGGUGGCUUUCCUGCUGUCCCAGUUCAUAAAUGGCGAAGACAAGUGGCUUACCAGAAUCGGAUUUCUAGCAAGGGGAAGGCAUAGGAUGAGAACUUUGUUGUGGAGGCCUGCUAUGUGUUAAAUUACACUGUUGAUUCUUGAGGAAAUUAUAUGGUAAUGGAAAAAAGGACAAUAAGAAUUAUAAUGGAUCUUCUCUUUCAUUUGUCA